CCAUAGAGAGACAGUCAAAAUCUCCUGCUAUUGCGAAUUGGAUGUGGGGGACCCAGCCUCAAUGGGAUGACUUGGAAAUGAAAUGGACAAGAAGGUUUGUGUUAGUAUUCUGCUAGCCAUGCUUGCCAUAGCAGCCUUGUGCAGGCCAAUGACAGAGCUAGAAUCAGCAAGACACGGAGCUCAAAGGAAGAACUCCAUUUCUGAAGUCAGUAGACGGGACCUCCUAGCAUCCCUGACCCAUGAACAGAAGCAGCUGAUCAUGUCACAGCUUCUCCCCCAGCUACUCUCAGAACUCUCCAACGCUGAGGACCAUCUUCACCCCAUGCGUGACCGGGACUAUGCCGGAUGGAUGGACUUUGGCCGCAGAAGUUCAGAAGUCACAGAAUCUUAAAUCCUUUCCUUUACCAUCUCUGCCUAUUUUACUGCUGUGAUCGCCCCAAUGGGGAACAAUGACGCCAAUAAAUUAUUGGUCUGAUAAAUAUUCUGCACUUUGUUUUUGAUGCAAUUAGAAUGUUAAUGUGUGGAGAAAAGGCUAAUUAUCAGCAAAUAUUAAUAAAAAAUAAUAAAAUCUA